AUGAAACAAGUCAACAAGGUAGCGGAGAGAAAGAAGACAAAAGAGAGCAAAGAGAAGGAUGAUAAGAACAGGGAUAAUAAGAAGACAGAGACAAAGAGAGCAUGUAUAAAGAAGUCAGAGACAAAGAGAGCAUGUAUAAAGAUGACAGAGAGCAAGAGAGCAUGUAUAAAGAAGACGAAGAAGCCAGAGAGAGAGGCCGAGUGGGUAAGAGAUAGACUGAUACGCAGGAAGAGCGAGAGAGCCAGGUAG